UUUUGACACCCCCCACAUGCACCGUUUUUGCCAUGGCGCUGUGCUUGCCUCUUCUCUGUGCCAAGUUGCCGGCGUUCAGGUGAGAGAGGCGAGCUUGUCCCAGCUGGGGCUCUUGCAGUGGAACAUCCACGCAGAGUGCUUCCGCGCGUGCGACAAGACAUCGCAGCAUUGCGACGCCGCCUACCCCAGCUGCCAGGAGAACGGCACCUCCUUGCUGCACUCCCUGCUGGCGGACCGGGAUUUUGCCGGCCUGGAGCACUUUGAUCGAUCGCUGGCUCUGCCGGAUGGCUUCGACCAGGUGCAGCACAGUUGCGGAGGUGCCAAGGGCUUCGACUACCCCUUCGACCUCGCCAGGUUGGUUUUCAGCUCGCGCUGGCGCGUGAAGCGGGUGAAGGGCAAAGCUCUGCCCCCCAUGGGCGGCUGCAUGGAAAAGGUGGGCAAUGAAACCGAGGACUACCGGGCUUUCGUGGGCCAGGCCUUUGUCCACGAGUCUGGCUUUGAGGUCUUGGUCGUUGCUGCCCACUUCCCUCACCCUCACGGUGCGGGGGAUCUCCAGAUUCUUCGCGAUGCGCUCGCGCGAUUCAAAGCGCAGACGCAAUUGGAUCAGGUGCUGCUGCUGGCAGACACCAACGAGUUCAGGAGCAACGCAGAGAUCAUGGGAGAUGUGGAUCCAUCUGCGCGGACUGUCACGGGCAGCGACUCGCACAUCACGUGCUGCUAUCCGAACUACUUGUACCCCUUCGACCGGAUCAUCGCCUCCAAUUUCCCUGGUGCAGAAGUGCGCACGACGCUGCCCUUCGGCGCGGAACGUGAGCACCGGGUGCCCCAGUGGGCGGCCUUGAACAUGCACGACCCCGUGCUGACGGAGCUGUACCUGAGGUCGGGCGGGAGACGCGGCCAGCUGUGCAUGACGUUGCUGUGCCUACUGUGGUUCUUCCGGCGCUGACCCAAGCACCAGCGAGGUCAGGAGCGCUGGUGCCGAGCCACCUCGCAGCUGCCUGCGCUCCAACUGGGGAAAGUCAGUUCGCCGAGAUCUCGAAAAGUAAACAAACAUAGGACAACAACUACAAAAGUACGUCGGGUGAAAGUAGACGUCGUGAUUCCGCC